AUGCGUACUUCAUUCUCUCAGCAGCAAGGUGGACAGCCAGCAAUGAGUGAUCCUCCCAUAUAUACUAGAAGAAGAUACACUCCAUAUGGUAUUUCACCCCGUCAUCAGAGAAUCAAUUUACACAAACGAAACCAAAUGUAUAUUAACAGGGAGGGAUGGCCAAUACCUCCAGGGAGAAAAAUGGAGGACAAGCAAGAUGACACCUCAAAGAACUGGUUCAAGGUCAUAAUUCCCUAUGGCAUAAAAUAUGAUAAGAAGUGGCUGCUGGGUUUGAUUCAGAGCCAGUGCAGUAUCCCUUUCACUCCAGUAGAGUUUCACUAUGAGAAAAUGCACGCCCAGUUUUUUGUUGAUAAUCCCGACAUUGCCUUUGAACUAAAAAAUAUCAGUGAGCAGAUUUGGGAUGAGUCUAAUAAUAAGGUAUGUAGUCAUGGAACUCCCUCUGUGAUUCUGAAGCUGGCUAUGAACCAACAGGGUGCUACUUCUCAGCAAUUUCUUAAUAUGCCGAGACUCCCAUUUGUGCAAGACUUGUUGACCCAUCCUACUGACUUAUCACUGAAUCUUAGAAGGUGCAUGGCUCCAUCCCUGGAUUUUUAUGAAGAGGACAUGACACAGAUGAAGUCUGCAGAGACGGUAGUCAAGGGGCAAGACCUGGAUCCAGAAGAGAUACGUGCAGACCAAAGCUCUCUGAGUACUACCAUCCCGGAUAAGUCCAGUAACAUAAAUUCAAUUCUGGAAUUGUUCCCCAAGUUAUUAAGCCUGGAAGGGCAGGAAUCUCCUAAACCAACUCUCUGUGGCCUCGAGGACCACAAGAGUUUACCAACUUGCAAGGGGAGUUUUUUUGGCUCUGAGGCUGUAAAGACUCUGGUCCUCCAGUUCCUGCAGCAGUAUUUCUUCAUCUAUGACAAUGGAGAUCGGCAGGAACUUCUUAAUGCCUACCAUGCUGAGGCUUGCUUCUCUUUGACCGUCCUCUUCAGUUCCAUGGACUCAUCCUCGAGCAACUUGUGUGGGUACUUCAAGCACAGCAGAGAUAUGAAGGUUCUCAAAGAUCUUUAUAUGCAGCAGCAGCUGCUGAAGCAUAAAAAAUAUGAGAUUAUUUGCUUUCUUCAUACAUUGCCCAAAACUCAGCAUGACCUCACCUCCUUUGUGGUGGACAUAUGUUUCCAGACAGAAACCAUGCUGUGCUUCUCUGUCAGUGGAUUGUUCAAAGAAGCAGAGGGCAGCUCUCAGGGUUGUGUUCACGCCUUCACUCGGACCUUCAUUGCUACCUAUGGCAACAGUUCUGACCUUUGUAUCAUCAACGACAAGCUGCUUGUAAGGGAUGUCCAAGGGCUUCCCAGUGCCUCCAUUCCCGUGGCCACAUCUUCUUCCGGCUGUUUGCCUGCCCUCUUUCAGGAUCAACAGAAGAUGGAGCAGACAUUCUCUACACAGGCUGGGAUGAAUGUUGAGUGCUCUCAGACGUGCCUUGAUGAUGAGUAG